AUGGCUACCAACAGCAGAGUCACUGCUCCUGAGUUAAUUGGAGCAGAAAAGGUGCAUGGUAUUGUAGAGGAGGCGGAGAUACCUGGAGCAACGGUAGCUGCAAAGAAAUUGCAUCCAGGUCUUGUCAACGUGGACUCUCCACAGCAGGUUGAAAAAUGGGUGACUGAUUUUGUGAAGGAGUGUAAGAUGAUGAGCCAGCUCCGUCACCCUCAUAUAGUAAAGUUCCUAGGUGUGUGCUAUCUCGUUGGAUCCCAACUCCCUGUCCUAUUGAUGGAGAACCUACAAACCAGCCUCGACAACCUGCUUGAAACUAGCCCCAAGAUUCCCAUCAACGUCAAAGUGCACCUUCUGACAGGGACUGGCCGAGGGGUGGUCUAUCUGCACAGCCGCACUCCACCCAUUGCCCAUCGUGAUCUGUCUGCCAAGAACAUUCUAGUCGAUAAUGGUCUCAAUGCCAAGAUAGCAGACUUGGGUGUUUCUAGGAUUGUGAACAUUCAGCCUGGCCGGCUAGUUGCCUCGAUGACUCAAAUGCCAGGCACUGGUGUGUACAUGCCACCAGAGGUAGCUCAAGAGGAAGGGGUCACACGAUACAACACUGGCAUAGACAUCUUCUCCUUUGGUGUGGUAUCUCUCUUCACACUGACACAAACCUAG